GCGAACUUCAUCGAACACCACAACUGCAGGUGAUACCGAGGCCUGCACUGCACUACAAUGACACGAGCACAACGGGCUGGCUUCAUUUUUGCGCUUGGCGCUACGGGCUACCUUCUUGCCGUUGCUCAGAUCCUUCCCGUUCCCCUCGUGCCAACAGACAUUGCCGAACAGAUUCUCCCCUUGAUACCAUGGUGGCUGCUCGUCACCUUCGGUUCAUACUCUCUAUGGUCUCUCGGAUGGGGCUUAUGGACAUUCCGAGACUGUCCAGAAGCACAUGAAGAACUUAUGCUUGAGAUUGCACAAGCAAAGACAGAAUUACGCGCCAAAGGUGUUUCAGUGGAUUGAUUUCCCCAGCCCCAAGGUGCUCUCGAUGCAGAAGUACUCGCACCGCUGGAAACUUCGCCUGCACCUUCACCGCGCGCCUUUGGGAGUCGCACAGUCGUACUUUCCCGCCAGCUUUUGCUGUUGCUGACCGGUGUAUCUAUACCUGUACCAAAUGCCAUGAUGCAUCUGGAAGCAUGCUUAUACCCGAAAA